GCAGCCCCGCGUGUUUAAAAUUUGGAUUGCUGUAAAUCAAAGUAUCAUUUGAAGUGUCAUAUCCUGUCAUUGGAACGAUAUUUUUUUGGGAAAAAAGGUGGUUUGUCGCAGUGAUAAUCGUGUGCUAGGAUGAAACUGCAUAAAAAGAGCCCUAGACUUCUAGAAAAGUUCGUAAAAUAGUUUCAAGUCUACAAUAAAUAAUAAGUACAAUAAAAUAGAACAGUUCAGCUACCGAUCACGCACAGAUUGAGAAAACCAUAGACUUGUUCUGAGAUCUUUAAAAACUGUUGAGAAUUAAAUAUUCUUACCUGAGAACUGAAUUGAGCGUGAUGGAGGAAUUUAGCAAAAAUGUCUUGGAACCUCUUCGACGACCUGUGCCUGUGGGAACCCUUAAAAAACCUCGAAAAUUGCAUCGUCUGAAGGAUGGGAUUAAAUCUGAAGAUGAUUUGAGAUCACAAGGAAAUUAUGCCAAUGAAAAUAAUUUCAGAAUAAACACUGAGAACAAUUUUUGUUCUGGAGAGGCAGAGAAACAGCUUGAUAUAAACAAAAAUGAUGUGAGAGGAAUUGUAUUUAAUUCCUUACCUAGAAUUUGUCAGGAUAAUUUAAAUGAAAAAGUUGGUGAAAGUGAAGACAGCAACCUUGAAAAUUCAUAUUUUGUUGAUGAGUGGGCAGCAGUGGUGAAACAUACUGCAGAAAACACUAGAGGAUACUACAUAUCACCUACAUGUGGCACUAGGGCACAGUUAAGUAAUAUCAACAGAGGUGGAAAAGAUGCUUCAUAUUUUCAAAAUGUUAAUGCAGAAACUAAAUCAUUAAGUCCCAGAAAUCCAGAUAGUAAAUGCAGCAACAGUUUGAACCAGAAGCCAGAAAUAAAAUUCUUAAAGUGUGAGUUGCCCAUGGAUGAUGGUCAACCUGAGAGCAUCACUAUUAUUGGCACAAAUGUUCAGAAACUGACAGAAACAUUGUCUGCACUUCAGAGAAAUCUAUGUGCCAGUCUUAUUCGAUGUGACUUUGGUAAAGAUCAGUUGAUAAUAGAAGUUGAAGAAUUGGUCGGAGAAUCUCUUGUUUGUGUAAGGUUGGCAGCUUUGCCACCAAAGGGACAGUAUUCAGUGGAGACACUCCUUGCCCUUUCAAGCUGUCAACUGUCAAAGGAGAAGCCUCGCAGAUGGAGUACAAUAGCCAAAAAACAUCCAUCAUGCUGCUUGCCCGAGGCUGAGAACUUCUUUACAGCAUCGGAUAUACCAAGAUUUCUAGCAUGGAGAACAGGACACUAGCAUGGUGGUUGUGAAAUUAAGGUCAAAGAAAAGAUUCCUGGUGAUGUCUGUGAGGUCAGUGUCUCCUUGUUUUGUUUGAAAGAAACAGUAUGUAAUAGGCAAAACAAUUUGUUUUCUGUCUUGCCUUUAUUGGGCAGUGUCCAGUCUCAGGAAUUUUUCAUGCCUGCAGUAUUAUUUUUUUCCAUGGACAAAAUUGUUGCCUUCGUGUCAUACCUUCUUUGGACAUCUUCCAAUUUCAGGAAUUUCUCAUGCCAGCAGUAUUAUCUUUUUUUAAAUGAACAAAAUCAUUGAUACCUGCAUUCCACCAUUUAUGAUCUUUGGUAAAGUUUUCAUUUAAACAAAAUAUUUGCUCUCUUAGACUGUCAAAUGAAGCAGGAAUUUUUUGUGUGUUAUGUUUUAUUAACUCAGAUCCAGUUUGUUCAACACAAUUUUUUUUUUUUUUUGUACCACUGGUCAUCAUUCUUUAUCCAAACUUUUAAAAUAUUUUGCUUUUUUUGCAAAUAAUUUCAUGUUCCUAAAUUUAAUAUUUUGUAUUCAAUGUUCAUAUUAUUUUUGUAUAACAAUAUAUUUACUUUCAUUGAGAUGUAGGGGCUGCAAGGCAGAAUGGGUUAUGAACAAAGCUUUCAGUGUGCUGGAAUGCAGUCUGUUUAGGUGAAAGUAACCUGUUAUUGUUAUAACAGAAUCUUAAUUUCUCUGUGGAUUUGAAGUAUGACUAAAUCUAAUGUUAGAAAUUUGUCACUUUUUAGGGAUGAAAGAAGAGAGUAUGGAGAAAGAGAUGCAGAAGCGAGGGGAGUGUGUGUGUGGAUGAAAUGUUUCAAAUAACUUUGUGAUCAGGACAGUAAACUUACGUGUAUAAAGUGAAAACAAGAGGGAAGUGGAUUUUUAAAACAGUUGAGAGCAUCAUAGGAAGAAUAGCCUUAUGUUAAAACAAUUUCUUUUGUGUACAAGGGUAGGUGGGGAAUAUCUUGGUGUCUGUGGGCAGCAGCUGCUUUGCUGUGCAGUUAGGUGAUGCUUAGAGGUUGACAACAGAUUUUUGCAUACAUUGUCAUACAAUCUUUGUUGAUGGAUGUGCUUUUCAAUGACUAUCACCUAUGCGUAUAUGUUGUUUUUUGCAUAACCAUUUUGUUAAAAUUGUAUUAUUUUAUGUGUAUUUAAUGUUUUGAGUCUUUGUGCAUCACAGAAGAAAUAAAAUCUCAAUAUCUGUUCA